AUGGCAAACCUGGAACCAAGGCUCAAGAAUGCCCCCUAUUUUCGUUGUGAGAAGGGAAACGAUUCGGUCCCUUUGUGCCAGAAGUGUGAAACAUGUAUCUUAGCAUGGAAGAUCUUUUCUACCAAAGAGUGGUUCCGGAGGAUCAGCAGCAUAUGGCAGAGGAGGUUUCUAGUUAGCAUUCUGGAACAGCUAAACAGCUUGUAUUUGUUAAAUUAUUUCCAAAAUAUCCUUCAGAUUACCCAGGGAAAGGAUUUCAUCUAUAACAGGUCCCGGAUCAAUCUCAGGAUGGAGGGGAAAGCCAAAUCCUCCUUGAACCAAAUGUUGGAUAAAACUGUGGAAGAAAAGAUGAGGGAGAUCUUGUACUGGUUUGGCAACAGCACCCACCAGACGAAGGCAAAUUACACUCUCUUGCUACUGCAGAUGUGCGACUCCAAGUUACUGCUCACUGCUGCUGAUGUGAUCAGAGUCCUGUUUCUGAGAGAGUGGAACAAUAUCUCAGAGCUCAGUCAAGACUUUACCGAUGUGAGUUUUUUCCCUGAGAAAGACUACAACCCCAAGUCUAAGACUUCACAUAUCUACUGGGCUGCUAGACUCAAGCCCACAUCUUUCCCUUUGUCUAAAACCUCAGGAAGUAAAACAGUGCCUGAAAAGCUGGAGAGAGAAGCACCACAUACUGUGGGACAAUGGAAGAGUACAUUGCAGUGUAUUUCUGAGAUGAAUAGAAUGUUUUCUGGAAAAACAAGUACAUUUAGGUCAGAAGAUGAUCCCUGCAAUCUGCUGAUGGACCUGGAUGACGUCAGAGAUCUCUCUUGUGGCUUCAGCAAAUACCGGGACUUUAUCCGUUACCUCCCUCUCCAUCUCUCCAAGUACAUUCUAAGAAUGCUGGAUAGAAACACUCUGAACAAGUGUGCCUUUGUGAGCCAGCACUGGGCUGCGAUGGCUCAUCAGGUCAAGAUGGACUUGAACACACAAACCUUCAUUCAGAACCAGAUUGCCCUCUUGCAGGGAUCCUACACAAAGGGAAUAGAUCCCAAUUAUGCCAACACACUUUCUAUCCCAAUUCCUAAAAUAGUAGAGGACGGGAAACGCAUGCGUGCCAAAAAUCCGAAGUGGAAACUGAGAACAAAGAAUGACUACAAUCUGUGGACUGCAUACCAGAAUCAGGAAACUCAACAGGUCCAGAUGGAGGAGAGAAAUGUUUUCUGUGGGACCUACAAUAUCCGCAUCCUCUCUGACACGUGGGACCAGAACAGAGUCAUCCAUUAUGCUGGGGGAGAAUUGGUAGCUGUGUCAUCUAAUAGGAAGAUUAAACUUCUGAACAUCUUAAAAAUCAAGGUGAUACCGAUUGAGUUCCGAGGCCAUGCGGGAAGUAUCCGAACUCUCUUCCUGUGUGAGGAGGAGCACUUUCUCCUAAGUGGUAGUUAUGACCUAAGUAUCAGAUACUGGGAUCUGAAAACUGGGGUUUGUGUAAGAAUUUUCCAUGGCCACCAGGGAACAGUAACUUGCAUGGAUUUGUAUAAGAACAAACUCGUAUCUGGAGCCAGAGAUUGCCAAGUGAAAGAAUGGGAUGUAGACACAGGGAGGUGCCUGAAGACAUAUAAACACAAAGACCCAAUUUUGGCCACCAGGAUCAAUGACACCUACAUCGUAAGCAGCUGUGAGCGAGGGAUAGUCAAAGUGUGGCACCUUGCCUUGGCCCAACUGGUAAAGACUCUCACUGGGCACGAUGGAGCUGUGAAAUGCCUAUUCUUUGACCAGUGGCAUCUCCUCUCAGGAAGUGCUGAUGGCUUGGUCAUGGCCUGGAGCAUGGUGGGAAAGUAUGAGCGAUGCCUGAUGGCCUUCAAGCAUCCGAAGGAGGUGCUCCAUGUGUCCCUUCACUAUCUCCGAGUCAUCAGCGCCUGUGCAGAUGGCAAGAUCCGCAUUUACAAUUUUCUCAAUGGAAACUGUCUGAAGGUGAUAAAAACCAAUGCCAGAGGUGACCCUGUGCUGUCCUUCUUUUUUCAGGGCAACAGGAUGGUGGUCAACACUGAGAGCAAUAUUCUCAUGUUCCAGUUUGAGAAUAUAAAAUGGCAGUUCUCCAUGGAAAGAAGUAAACAAAAGAAGAAUAAAGAAGAGGAAAAGGAAGAAAAUAGCCUCAUGGAUGUUCUCUCCAAGUCUAGCACUCAGGUUCAUAGCCUGAGAGACUCUAUGUCCAGUAAACAAAUAGUGACCCAGGAGUUCCUACCCAAUAAAUUCAAAUCACGCAUCCUUCUGAGUUCAAUGAAGUUAUCUUCAGAUGAUGUGGAAAAAGUACAAGUACAGGGAAAACUGGAAACUCGUGGAGAAUUGAUCAGUCACUUGAAGACAAAGUCCUGGAAAACCCCUAUUUCACCUGAUCGGUUUCUCCUGACUGUCAGUGCCCUACAACAAGCUCAUAAUUCAGGGGAAUUUGCCUACUAUCCCCACAGGCCCCAAACCAAAAUCAUAGAUGCCUGGGGACCAGAAAUUUCAUAUCCAAGGAAGGUCCUGAAUUUCAAAGGAAAAUCAAUCCAACAUGCAGUUGAUCAGUUGAGAGUCAACAGUCGUCCCAUAGGUGUGAAACGAACUAGUACUCCUUUUGAAAUCCAGAAACUGCAGCCCAACUUGAAGAAGUCUUUGCAUAGUCCCAGAGUCCAGUCCACCAUACCCCAGCCCAUGAUUAUCCGCUCUAGGUUUCCCGACAGAUUAAAGGGUGAAGACCACAUAACCAGUUCAAUAGAAGGGGCAGUACACAGUAUGGGCCCCCUGACCAGCAUGCAGGUCAUUAAGCCAAAUCGUAUGCUCGCUCCCCAACUGGGCAUGGCCACCCUGUCUCUCAAGAGAGAAAAGCCUCGCUUUUACACAACCCUGGAUCCCCUUCGCAUGAACACUGAAUUCAUGCUGUUGACAGUGAAAGAGGAAAAAGAGUAUGGAGAAGCCAUGAUGAAGGAGUAUCAGGCCAGGGAGCCCACAAGAGCAGCUGAUCCAGGAAAAGCCAGAAAAGCUGCAUGGAUCAGGAAGAUCAAAGGUUUGCCUAUUGAUAAUUUCAUGAAGCAAGGGAAAACAGCAGCCCCUGAACUUGGACGAAAUAUGUUUAUUUAAACCAGCCUUAGGAAGUUACAAUGUCGUCAAUAAACAGAAAACUAGAUGGGUUUUGGUAGUUGGGUUUUUUUGUUUGUUUGUUUUAAUUCCCUGGCAAGUAAUGUGAAAACUCCUAAUUAACUUCUUGUGAGCCAAAGGAUUGAUGUAACAGUAAGAAACAGGAGGAGGCUAGGAGACAUUGGCAUCUGCAUUCCCACUGGAAACCAUUUAGUAAGAUUUAGGGAAGUCCAAAGUCAUUGAUGAGAGUGGGGUAAGGGAGGUGAUCAUUGGAAAUUAGAUAUACUCAUCACUACCAUUUUCAAGUUAUCAUUAUUUCCAUUAAAUGAAAUGAUGGAGAGACAGAGGAAACAGUCAGUCAGAGUAGGAAAAUGGUGAGGGUCAAUAAAAAGAGGAUGGAUGUCAGUACCACCUCUUGAGUUAAGUUAUGCUUCACCAUUUGAUGUGCUCAAGCAUGUCAAACAACAACAUCAGUUUCCCAAAAGGGACAAAAGACUCCAUUCUUACAAAAAACACAACUAUGCAAUUCAGCCUGAGCAUGCACACAUGACAAAAAUCUCAAGGACAGUCAACUUCUCCUCAGGUGCCUUUAAAAGAAAGGAUGUUAAGAGACCGUGGUGUCACUCUUGCCCUCCCAUACUCUCUGCU